AUGGCAGCAUCAACCUUCAAGAAAGUAUGCACCCUACUCUCUUUUUUCUUGUUCGUUCAUCAUGUGGUUUUAUUAUCAACUGUUGCAUCUGUUGCAGAAGCUACUGCUCUUCUCAAAUGGAAAAAUACUCUUUCAAACGAAACCCAAUCUCGCCUUCAUUCAUGGACUUCUCUUCCCAAUGCUUCUGCAAAUUUAAACCACAGUACAGAUCCCUGCACUUGGUUUGGUAUUUCUUGCAACCCUGCUGGAAGUGUUGUCAGAAUGAACCUUACUAGGUCUGGCUUACAAGGUACACUUCAUGGAUUUUCUUUUUUGUCUUUUCCAAAUCUUGCAUAUCUUGAUCUCUCUGGGAAUGCUUUAUUUCGGGACAUUCCGCAUCAAAGUAGCUACCUGUCUAAACUCAUCUAUCUUGAUUUGUACUUUAACCAAUUCUCAGGAAAAAUCCCACCGGAAAUAAGUUGCCUAAAUUCUCUAACCAUACUUUCUCUUUCCAAAAACCGUUUAGAAGGUCCCAUUCCUACUUCUUUUGGAAAUUUGAGAAAUCUAACAUAUCUAUAUCUUUGGGGAAAUAAACUUUCUAACUCCAUUCCUGAAGAAAUAAGUCACCUAAAUUCUCUAGCCUUUCUUGAUCUUUCCGAAAACCAUUUAGAAGGUCCCAUCCCUACUUCUCUAGAAAAUUUGAGAAAUCUUGCUUCUCUUAAUCUCUUUCAAAAUCAACUUUCUGGCUCCAUUCAUGAAGAACUAGGUCACCUAAACUCUCUAACCUUGCUUGAUCUUUCUCAAAACCAUUUAGAAGGUCCGAUCCCUACUUCUUUAGGAAAUUUGAGAAAUCUUACCCUUCUGUAUCUCUGGAAAAAUAAACUUUCUGGCUCCAUUCCUGAAGAACUAGGUCACCUAAAUUCUCUAGUCUUGCUUGAUCUUUCCGACAACCUUUUAGAAGGUCCCAUCCCUACUUCUUUAGGAAAUUUGAGAAAUGUUACUGUUCUCAACCUCUUUCAAAAUCAAUUUUCUGGCUCCAUUCCUGAAGAAAUAUGCCGCCUAAAUUCUCUAACCACUCUUGGGCUUGCCGAAAACCAACUCCAAGGUCCAAUUCCCCGUUCGUUUGCUAAUUUGAGCAAUUUACAAAAUUUGUAUCUUCGUAAAAACCGACUUUCUGGUCCCAUCCCACAAGGAAUCGGGGGUUCCAUAAACAUGGUAAGUUUGCAACUUAGUGAAAACCAAUUUACCGGCUCCUUGCCCGAAAGUAUUUGUCAUGGUGGUUCACUUCAGCAUUUUUCAAUAAUCAACAAUGGUUUCAGAGGUCGAGUUCCGCAAAGCCUAAAAAAUUGCACGAGCUUAGUGAGAGUCUUCUUGAAUGGAAACAAACUCACUGGAGAUAUAUCUCAAGUCUUUGGUGCCUAUCCAAACUUGUUCAUCAUAGAUCUAAGCCACAAUCACUUUUAUGGCACGAUCUCAAGUAAUUGGGGGCGAAGUCUAAAAUUAGGGACUCUAAAAAUGAGUGGGAACAACAUCAGUGGCAGAAUACCACCGGAGAUUGGAAACAACAUUCAACUACAUGUGCUUGAUUUUUCUUUAAAUCAUAUAGUCGGGGCAAUUCCGAAGGAAAUCGGAAAGUUGACUUCUCUAACGAAGUUGUGGUUGAAUGGAAAUCAUCUCUCUGGUGUUAUACCUAUAGAAUUCGAGUCAUUGACCAAUCUCGAAUUUCUAGAUAUAUCCUCGAACAAAUUGUUCAAGUCACUUCCACGUAAUCUUGGGAACGGCUUCUCAAAAUUGAACUACUUGAAUUUAAGCCAUAACAAUUUUAGUGAAGAACUUCCCAUCUUGCUUAUGAGCUUAUUUCAUCUCUCCAAACUAGAUUUAAGCUAUAACUCUUUCACUGGAGAGAUACCGUCAGAAAUCAGCAAAAUGCAAAGCUUGGAGAAGCUCAAUCUCUCUCACAAUCAUCUUUCUGGCAUUAUUCCGACUACCUAUGAAGAAAUGCGUGGCUUGUUGCAUGUUGACGUAUCCUACAAUGAGUUACACGGCCUCAUUCCCAACAACAAAGCAUUUUUAGAUGCUCCAUUGGAAGCCUUGCAAGAUAACAAGGGAUUGUGCGAAGAAAGAAAGAUCGAGAUCCCCAAUUAG